AUGGCAGCAGCAUUCACACGCACGCUCGUAUCGCACACAGCGCUCCACGCACACGCGCCCGUCGCACCCGCCUCACUCCGCUUCGCCGCCGUCUCCGCGAAACCCUCAUCAUCGACCCGCCUCUUCUCGUCCUCCGCCCGCGCAGCGUUCUCGCACCCGACACCCAGACAGCCUAGCUCGGCUUUCGAGGCUCUCAAGAGCGCGUGGACCCGCGCCGGAGCGAAGAGAGGGGUGGCGACCGCCCCGAACGAGGCCUAUGGGUACGGAGCGGGAGCGAGGCAGGGCAUCGACUGGGGCAAGGUCGGCAUCAACGUUGGAGUCGGCAUUGCAGGCGCCGUCGGCCUCAACCUCCUCCUCAACCGCGAGACGAAGCCGCUCGAGGGCUUCGAGUGGGACUACCUGCGCUCGACGUUCAAGUACACGGGCGCGGGUCUCGCCAUCACCGCAGGAACGGCCUUCCUCGCCUUCCGCAAUGGCGCGACCUACCGCAUGAUGGCUUUGAACCCGUGGCUCGUCGCGGGUAUCUCGCUCGUUGGAGGAAUUGGCACGAUGAUGGGCGUCUACUACACCGCGCCCGACUCGCCGGCGCACUACCUCUGCUGGGCCGGAUUCUCGGCCAUGCAGGGUCUCACCCUCUCGCCCCUCUUUUUCAUCGCGCCGCACAUCCUCGGCCGCGCCGGUCUCUACACCCUCGGCGCGACGGCUGGCAUCUCCUACGUUGGCUCGACCGCCAAGUCGGACCAGUACCUCUGGAUUGGCGGCCCGCUCCUCGCCGGCCUGGGCGUCCUCAUCUGCACCUCACUCGCGCCCUUGAUCCUCCCCGCUACGACCUCGCUUCGCACGCUUACACUCCUUGAGAGCGUCAGCGCUUACGGCGGCGUUGCCGUCUUCUCGGGCAUGAUUCUGUACGACACCAACAAAGUCCGCCACCACGCCAACCUCGCCCAACGCGGUGCCAUUCCCGCCGACCCGGUCCGCGAGUCUGUGGGCAUCAUAAUCAGCGUCAUCAACCUGUUCCAGUCUAUCGUUAGAGUCUUGCUGCUCCAGCAGGGUAGCCGUCGUCGUUAG